GACAUUGCGCUCUAGGCCAUGCCAUACGGCAGGCAUGUAGUUGCUUUGCUUAUUGUCGGCGGCCUUCUUGUUCCCAUCUUCAAACGCAUUAUUCUAUCUCCGGUUGCUCUCGCGCUCCUCUUCCCGUUCUUUCUCCUCUCCCUCGUCCUCGGGUUUCUGACUGUCAAUCUUCUCUUUGGAUAUCUCUUGGACUCUAUACGACCUGCACCACGCAAUGCUCUUACGACUGCAGCAAGACCCCUCGCGUUUUCUACGCCAGCGGCAUGGCAAGCGGUCUUGACGCGCUCCCAAUGGUCCCACAAGGCUCCCCAGUCAUUGCCGCCUCUAUACCCCGACGCCCCGGUAGUCUCUGCCGCUAUUAACGAGAUACUGAUCAUGAUUGUUCGCGACUUUGUGCUGGUAUGGUACAAGGAUAUCUCGACUUCACCUUCAUUCCCUACCGCCGUCUCGUCUACCCUACACAGCUCCAUGGACCGGCUCCUCGCCAAAGUGCUGACACUAGACCUAUCCGCGCUCGUCGUCAAGCGAAUUCUGCCAAAGAUUACCGCGCAUAUUGAACAGUUCCGUCAGUCUGAAAUCGCGCUCCGUGGGGCCGGGCUGGAGCGCAAGCUGACGCAGUCGGAGGAGUUGGAUCUGUUGCUCGCGAGUCGGUAUGCUGCACGUGGUGGGGGUAAGCUGCAUUCCGCCGUGGAAAACCUCUCUUCCACCUUCACCAAGCAGUCGGAGGAGAACCAUUUGCGGGAGCUGGUCGACAAGGCGCUGCCUUCCAUCCUCCCGGAGAAGGAGGCCAACAGCCGUGCGGUCAAGAUUGUGGUCCGGGAGAUAGUUGCCUGCUCUGUCUUGUAUCCUGUCAUGGAAAUGCUAUCAGAACCUGACUUCUGGAACCGCAUGAUUGACCAAGUUGCAGGAGCAGCAAUCCGCCAACAACGGUUGAUCUCCAAAGUACGAAACAUCUUGGAGGCUCAGAUCCCGCGACCACAAGCUCCGCUGUCGGAUGCACCGCAGUCGACGACUGAGAAGAUUACGAUCCGCACGGAUCCCAAACAUUUCGAGUCUUUCCUUCGAAGUAUAAGCCGUACAUCCUCGCUCUUAGACGCGAGAAGGCUCAGGAAUGAUAUCAUGGGAGAGAUCCGUCGGACCCGCACUUUGCUUGCUAACAAUGCCAACUCGGACUGGAUCAAUGGAGAGAAGACGGAGGACAUCGUCGCGUUCCUUGACCGUCUAUACACAGCAAAGCGGAAAGUCGAGAAGCGCAUAGCAGCAUUAGGUGGCGAGGCGGACUCGCGGCAGACCAUCUACCAGGAGACAUCUACGACAUCCAAACUCACCCUAAGGGAUACCCUGAUGAACCCCAGCUCGCUCUCAUACUUCAUGGAGUUCAUGGACCGCCGUCAGCGCUCGCUCCUCGUACAGUUCUGGCUCACGGUCGAGAGCUUCAAGAAUCCACUCGAGUCCGUGGACUCGGACGGCUCCGACGACGAAGACGAGCCCCUGCUUGACCCAAGCCAGUCCGCGACGCUCAAGGAAGACAUCUCGCUCAUCAACGAGCUCUACUUCUCCAGCCCCGUCCCCGACCCCGUCCUCAGUGCUGUCUCCAAGAAGCACGUCGACACGAUCCGCUCGUUCGGCCAGGACGCGGCGUCGUUGACCCCUGCCUCGGAGCGGCGCGUGAGGCGGAGCGUGAUGCUCGCGCAGAGGCAGGUCGAGCGGGAGAUGGAGCAGGACUUCGAGGACUUCCAGAGGUCGGAGCUGUGGUUCCGCGUGCUUGCUGACAUCGAGGCGAAUGGCGGGAGGGGUGCUCUCGCGGACGACGGGCCUCUGCAUCCGCGGAGCCGCUCCCCUACGUCGACCCGUCGAGACACCGAGGGCGUUCCCGCCGCGAAGCUAGGGCCGAAAUCAGGAUUACCUCGCUCAGAGUCGACCCCGAUCCUCGGCUUCCCUGGACGCCAGCCACCCACUCCCCACACUCCCACUCCUCCACCUCAGCCGCGUCCAGCGGCAUCGAACCUGCAAGUGCUUAUGUCGCCCGUGGACGAGCUCGACAGUUCCGCUGCGGCAUCCCGCGCGCCGCUCUUUGACGACCCAGAGGACACGGAGCAGCAGAUUCAGGCGCAGCGUAUGGAUGCCAUCCAGGCCGCGCUGACGGACAUUAUCGCGCUCGACAAGCAGCACGCCGCGGCGGGUGCGUCUGCGGACUCAUUGAGCGUGCAGGACUCGGUCUUGAGCGGGGGAACGCGUACCGGGCGCGAGAAGCGCAGGCUCGUGUUCGACGACGAUGUCGAGGAGGACGAGGUGGAGGGCGACCGCUCGCGCGAGGAGGAAGCCGAGGAGCAUGACAAGGACGAGCACGGCUCGUUCCAGCUCGCGGGACCUGGCGACCUGCAGCUGUCGCACGAGAUCGAGCGGCUAGCGGGCAAGAUCGCGAAGCUGCAGACGCAGGACGGCAUGCUCGACACGCUCAUCAAGAAGGCAGAGCUGACGGGAGACGCGCAGGAGCUCCGGCUCAUGCGAAGGUCCAAGGCGCAGCUGACACGAGAGCUCCGCGAGCUGCGGUUCCAGAAGACUCAGUACGAGCAGCAGGAGAGCGCGAACCGCCUCUUGAGCGACCGGACGCGCGUCGCGAUCGUGAACUCGACGGUCGGGGAGGAGGACGGGAAGCAGGUCGUGAGGUAUUUGGUGGAGGUGCAGCAGCUGGCACAGGACGGGAGCUUCGCGUCGGGGUGGGUAGUCGCGAGGAGGUACAACGAGUUUUUCAAUAUGCACAAUAAGUUGAGGGAUAAGUACGUGCUUGUGAGGAAUCUGGAUUUCCCGGGAAAGAGGCUCGUCACGUCGCUUUCGGGCAGCUUCGUGGAUAGCAGGAGGAUUGCGCUAGAAAAGUACUUGCAGAGCCUGAUUGCUAUUCCCGCCGUAUGCGAGAGCCAAGAGCUCCGGGCAUUCCUGUCUCGGGACUCGCCCUUCAUGGCAGCCGAACCGCCGCCGCCUAAACCGUCUACCUCCACAUUCCCGGGCCACGGCCUGGUCAAGACUAUGUAUCAGUCCGUCGCGGAGAGUAUCGACGACAUGUUCUUCGGCCCGUCCAUGCUGGACGUCAUCAUCCAAAGGCUCACUACUCAGGCCGCGGAGUUCGUCGGGAUCACAGGCACGGCCAUCCGUGACGAGGACUUGGUGGCGCAGGCGUUGAAGGCAUCGGGCAAGUCGACGUACGAAGAUGCGCUUAUGCACUUGUCCGGCGACUUGAAGCCACUGGAGGGCGAGACGAGCACGUCGACGUUCUCAUCGCCUAUUUGCGACUUUAUAUUGGCGGUAUUCGAGCUGGACAAGAAAAACAAUUGGCUGAGGAGGCAGGCUAUUGUAAUCAUUUUGCAGCAAGUGCUUGGAGACACGAUCGAGCGAAAGCUGCGGGAGACGGUGAGGUCGUUCCUGGACGAGCCGCAUCUCAUGACAUACAUCAACGUCUUCAAGGAUGGGCUGUGGCCUGGGGGGAACCUCAAGCCUCCGAGCGUGCCUCGGACCGUCGAAGAGAAACUGCACACGAGAGACGAGGCCAACCGCAAGCUGUCGGCUCUCAUGCCGGAUCUCGCGGCGAAUAUGAUCGGACGCUCGAAUGCCCGUCGCGGUGCCCGCCGGAUAUUCGCUGUGUUGCAGAAUCGCCGCCUGAACCAACAUCUGAUAUACACUAUCGUGGAUGAGGUGUUCGCUGCCUUGUUCUGAACAGUCGUCGCUAAUCUACGGUGGCUUGUCAAUGUUGUAUGCUGCACCAGUUGCGCAUGUCCCGGUAUAUUGACAGUGUAUCGCAUCGAUCUCCCGUUACUGGUUCAGGAUCCGUUGGUCCCCACUGGCAAUUGACUGCCUUUGACUUAAAA